UGUGGCCUCACACCCACUAUCUCUUCUCACGUGGGUCCUAUGCGCGGGAUCCUACUUCCUUACUAUUGUCGAGGGAGAGAAAUUGGAUUGGAUAGUUUAAUUCUCGCGUCUGUCUCUUCUCCCAUAGGUCUGGCCAGACUUGCUGAAUGUUUGGAGCACUUCCUGCUUUCCUUCCCAAAGCCUCAAACCAUGCAGCUCGGGGUGUUGAGUGGCAAGGUGGCAAUGGUCACCGCCUCUACCCAAGGGAUUGGACUAGCUAUUGCCCGGCGCCUAGCCCGGGACGGAGCCCAGGUUGUGAUUAGCAGUCGCAAGAAGGAAAGUGUUUGCAAUGCGGUGGGACAGUUGCAGGCGGAGGGUCUUUCUGUUUCAGGCAUUGUCUGCCAUGUGGGCAAGAGGGAGGAUCGCGAGGCCCUGGUCAGCGAGACGCUGAAGCGCCACGGAGCCAUCGACAUCCUGGUGUCCAACGCUGCAGUUAAUCCCUUUGUCGGGAAGGCCCUUGACUGCUCUGAGGAAGCCUGGGACAAAAUUUUCGAGAUAAACGUGAAAGCAGCUUUCCUCCUGGCCAAGCUGGUUGUGCCACACAUGGAGCAACGAGGCGGUGGUUCCAUUGUGCUGGUGAGCUCUGCUGCUGGCUACCAGCCCAUCGCUAACAUUGGGCCCUAUAGUGUCAGUAAGACAGCUCUCCUGGGCCUAACCAAAGUAUUAGCCACUGAACUGGCCCCUGCCAACAUCCGCGUUAACUGCCUUGCCCCAGGCAUCAUCAAGACCAAGUUCAGCUCUGUACUAUGGUCGGACGACAGCUCCAUGCAGGAGUUUGACGGAACCAUCGCUAUGCGCCGGAUCGGGGAGCCAGAGGAGUGUGCUGGCACCGUCUCCUUUCUCUGUUCACAGGACGCAGUGUAUAUCACUGGGGAGACAAUCGUAGUAGCCGGAGGUGCAUACUGCCGUCUUUAGCCUAAUGUUUGGGCUAUGAGAAUGCUUUCCUCAACUUUCGUUCCAG